CCCAUUCUCACUAAGAAGCAGAAACAAUGGCCGCAAAAAGGGAACUUUCUCAAAAGCCCAUCCUCAGAACUCUCACAACUUUAGAACUGAGUUUUCGGGGUCCUCUUCUUCUUCUCCUCAAAAAACCCAGCAAUUUUAAUGGCAACUUCAUCUCUUUUUGUACUCAGAUUAUCUCUAAUUCCCUCUCCUAAUCACUUUUUUCCACCUUCAAACCUUCACAAAAUCUUUCAACUUUCUUCACCAUUUCUCACCUUUCGUACCUCUACUUUCGGCUUCAAGCGCCUAAUUCCACUGGCAGCAGCAUCAGCUUCGUUUAGUGCUGGAAGUGGUUGUCUUGGAACUCUUCAAAUUCAAGAAGCCUACAGAUGCCCCAACAAGGAACCAGUUUCAUCAGAUUCUAUAUCCGAUUCUUUCCUUUCUGAGAAAAUCUUACUGGGUUUAAAGCAAGGCAUUCUUCACAGUCCUUGAGUGUGAUGAUUCAUGUUUUGGUGCGUGGUCGGAGGUUAUCAGAAGCACAAGUUUUGGUACUUAGAAUGGUGAGGAGGAGUGGCAUUUCGAGAUUCGAUGUUGUUGAGUCUUUGGUCUCAACGUAUCAUAGCGGUUGUGGCUCGAACACUUUGGUGUUUGAUUUGUUGGUUAGGA